AUGUUACAUGUCUUAUCACUUCAAAGCAUACUUUCAAUACCAGAAGAACUCACCAAAAAUGUAGAAAACUAUGAAGCUUUGACUGAUGAAAAUAUAGAAGAAAUAGAAAUAGUUAUUUUUGCAAGAAGAAAUAAUAUAACUGAAACAGACACAUCCUCUUAUCCACCAAAAAAACAUGUACUUAGCUUACUCUUAGAAGAAAAUUGA